AUGACGGUAGCACACGAUCUGGCCCACCGCGGGGCUUCGAUACCUCACAGCUCAGCAGGAAUGGCUCUGGAGGAUCGGUUUGAGGUUCUCAAAGAGAUUGGCGAUGGAAGCUUUGGCAGUGUGGUACUCGCAAGAGUACGGGGUGCUGGAGCAAGUGUCGCUCGUCGGGGCACGGUGAUUGCUAUCAAGACAAUGAAAAAGACGUUCGAGUCUUUUGGGCCGUGCCUCGAACUGAGGGAGGUCGUAUUCCUGCGAACACUGCCACCGCAUGUUCACUUGGUGCCAGCUCUGGAUAUCUUUCUAGACCCAUUCAGCAAGAAACUCCAUAUUGCAAUGGAGCAUAUGGAGGGCAACCUGUAUCAGCUGAUGAAGGCUCGAGACCACAAGGUGCUGGAUAAUGGCAGCGUCAAGAGCAUAUUAUUCCAGAUCAUGCAGGGUCUGGAACACAUCCAUGCUCACCAUUUCUUCCACCGCGACAUCAAGCCUGAGAAUAUUUUGGUGUCGACAUCAGCCCACCAGGACUCGGCAAACUCGUUUAGACGUUACUCGGCCUUGGUAACACCACCAUCAACCCCCCCGACGUACACGGUGAAAAUUGCGGAUUUCGGGCUUGCUCGUGAAACCCAUUCGAAAUUACCUUACACGACUUAUGUAUCUACGAGAUGGUAUCGUGCACCCGAAGUUCUUUUGCGCGCAGGAGAGUACUCUGCCCCUGUGGAUAUCUGGGCUGUGGGCGCUAUGGCUGUUGAAGUGGCUACCCUUAAACCUUUGUUCCCUGGCGGCAAUGAAGUUGAUCAGGUUUGGAGAGUGUGCGAGAUCAUGGGAAGUCCCGGUAACUGGUACAACAAGGCUGGCUCUCGUGUCGGCGGUGGUGAUUGGAGAGAGGGCACACGGCUAGCUGGCAAGCUUGGAUUUUCAUUCCCCAAGAUGGCGCCUCACUCGAUGGAUACCAUUUUGCAAUCACCACAAUGGCCUGCGUCGCUUAGUCAUUUCGUCACCUGGUGUCUGAUGUGGGACCCCAAAAACCGACCGACAUCUACCCAGGCCCUGGCUCACGAGUAUUUUACUGAUGCAGUUGACCCUCUCAGACCCAAGUCAUCAGCUUCAAGAAUCCUCGGCAGAAAGCCAUCCGAGAUUGGACGCGGUGCGAAGGAUAUUUCUUCGCCUACGACUUCAUCUAAGCCAUCUUGGUUCAGGAAAUCACUGAUCGGACGUGCGGAGAGCGCAGAGCCUACAUCAGCGCCAGCUGUUGCCAAGGAAUUAACAGGUCCACGACCUCAACCUGUCCACUCCACGACUACGAAUGAGAUUCCGGCUAUAAAGACACGCCCACCAAAUGGUAAGCGCACAACGUGGACUAACGGCCCAUCCAAUGUCGCACCUAUGCACAUUCUCCCCACGAUCAAACCCAUCUCACCUUUAUCAGAUACUGUUCAUGCUCAGGCAUCAAACAGAACACCCUCCUAUAACGACUCUUACGCGAACGGGGCCCAACGAAAUGCUCAAGCUAGUGAAAAGGCCAGCAAGAUCGGUCGGCAGUUGUCUGUGGCUUCCAGCACCAACAACUAUGCUGAGCUUCACCGCCAACAAGCCGAACGAGCCUUGAACGGCAACUCAGGUCUCGCAUCUCCUCCGAGUGGUCACAAGGAGAGCUUCUUUUCUCAUUUGCGGAAACGUGCCAGGCGCUUUUCUGGCAGGCAUCAGACUCCAGUUUCUCCCGCUUCUGAUGACAUCGAAGCCCAGGCAGGUUGCGGCCCUUGGGCUAGUAACAGAUCCUCCAUGGUCAUCGAUCAACAACCGGGACCUGUCCCUGCUAAGGUCGACAACUACGACUCUCUUGAUCGUACACUUCAACAAAAUGGAGAUUCGCUACACCCGCCUGUCCCGCCUAGCCACAUGGUCACUCCUGCAGGGAACCUGAAGAGGCAUCAUUCAUUACCGCAUCAGCAGCCACGGUCGAUUGACAAUCUCAUUGGCGCAGCGAGAGCUUCCGGCCCAGUCUCUGGCCGGACGAGAAGGUCGCAGGCUACCCAUGGUGUACAUCAAUACGACGCACCGGCCGAGGAAGACGAGCUGCUCGACGAGGCUCUGAACUCGACUCAUCGUGCCAUGAAGCGUAUGGAAGGGGACGGCAAGCCUCCGUUGCGUCAAUCGGCAAGCAACAUCGUCUUGCCAAGCAAUGUUGCAAUGAUGAACCCGUACCCUACGCCUUCACCGUCUGCCAGCGGAAACCAGGGAAUGCUUUUUGGUGACUCUCAUGAGGCGGUGACACCGACACCAUUAAACAUGAACAAGGCUCCGGCCCGUGAUCCUCAAAAGUGGCCAACUCCGCCUUACGAGGAAAGCGAGUGGGCAAGCUCGGCAGCUGCAAGCAUCUGGGCUGCUGGCAACAGAUUCUAA